UCGUAUCGCGAUGACCCAAUUAGUCCGUAAGGCAGGUGUCCUGUUUUGCAACACGGGUACUUACAUAGCGAGAACUUUGAUCAGGCAACUUGAGAAAGUCUUCAGCAGUCAGACAAGUCACUUUCUUAAUCAUCAAAAAUGGCAAACCGUGACAAAGUUGCCAACCAAAUGGAAGCAUUCAAGCAAUCCAACGAGAACCCACCAGGUUCUCUGACCACUAGUACUGGGGCCCCAAUAGGGGAAAAGUUAGCCAGUAUGACUGCUGGCCCCAGAGGGCCUCUGCUUAUGCAGGACUUUGUCUUUAUGGAUGAGAUGGCACACUUCCAGAGGGAGAGGAUCCCAGAGAGAGUGGUACAUGCCAAAGGGGCAGGUGCAUUUGGCUUCUUUGAAGUUACACACGACAUUUCCAAAUACUGCAAAGCUAAAGUGUUUGAGCACAUAGGCAAGAGAACACCAGUUGCUGUGCGUUUCUCAACUGUUGGUGGUGAAAGUGGCUCUGCAGACACUGCUCGCGAUCCUCGUGGCUUCGCUGUCAAGAUGUACACAGAUGAAGGCAACUGGGACUGUGUGGGGAAUAACACACCUAUCUUUUUCAUCAGGGACCCCAUCUUUUUCCCAAGUUUUAUCCAUACGCAGAAGAGGAACCCAGUUACACAUUGCAAGGACCCAGACAUGUUCUGGGAUUUCAUAACUCUGCGCCCAGAAUCCACUCACCAGGUGUCCUUCCUGUUCUCUGACAGAGGUACGCCAGACGGCUACCGUCAGAUGAACGGCUAUGGCAGCCACACCUUCAAACUAGUGAACAAGGAUGGUGAGGCUGUGUACUGCAAGUUCCAUUAUAAGACGGACCAGGGCAUCAAGUGUCUGAUGGCAGACCAGGCAGGAGAGCUGGCUGGUAGUGAUCCAGACUACGCCAUCCGUGACUUGUACAAUAACAUUGCUGCUGGGAACUACCCAUCCUGGACCUGGUACAUACAGGUGAUGACAUUUGAAGAGGCCGAGAAGUUCAGAUGGAAUCCAUUUGAUUUAACCAAGGUGUGGCCCCAGGGAGAGUUCCCCCUGAUUCCCGUGGGCAGGAUGGUGUUGAACCGUAACCCUAAGAACUACUUUGCUGAGGUGGAACAGAUUGCCUUCUCCCCAGCUCACCUUGUGCCAGGCAUUGAGGCCAGCCCAGACAAAAUGUUACAGGGUCGUUUGUUCUCUUACUCUGAUACACAUCGCCAUCGUUUGGGCACCAACUACCUACAGAUUCCUGUCAACUGCCCCUUCAAUACCAGAGUGAAGAACUACCAGAGGGAUGGACCCCAGUGUGUCACUGACAACCAAGAGGGAGCCCCCAACUAUUUCCCUAACAGUUUCAAUGGCCCAUUGGAUGACAAGAGACAUCUGGAGAGUGUGUUCCAGACCACUGGGGAUGUCAAACGCUACAACACAAGGGAUGAUGACAACUUCAGCCAAGUCGGAUUAUUCUGGCGCAAUGUGCUAAAGCCAGAUGAGCGUACAAGACUUGUGGAGAACAUUGCUAACCACCUGAAGGAUGCCCAGGAGUUCAUCCAGCAACGUGCAGUCAAGAAUUUUGGACAGUGUGACCCAGAAUAUGGUCGUAGGAUCCAGGAAUUGCUGGACCAGUUCAAGGCUAAGAAAGUGAGCAUGGGAGGAAUGGCCCAGGCAAACCUUUAAAACUUCAUUGGGACUGUGCUUUGAAAGUGAAAAAUUAAAAUAACAGGAUAUCCCAGAUUCAUGUGAUAUGAUAUGUCUCAUUCUGACAAUAUGGUACUGAAUGCCAAUGCAAAUUACACAUUACUGAUCCAGUUUGGAGAAGAUAUGUUUCAAAGAAGCAUGUCAGCUUAGUGAAAUAUUCCAAUCUGUGUAGCAAUUGUCAUUAGAUAUUGAAACAAAGUGGAUUUUGAUUCUUUUUCUUGAUUUAAAUGUGAAAGUAGAAGAUCAAUCAAAUCUGUGGGCAGAAAUGACAGUAUUAAAGAUAUGGAAAAGGAGAGGCAACUAGCAGACGCUAGUAUGGAAAUAUUAUCAUGUUAGAUAUGAUAUAUAUUUUUAUGAAUGAUUUUGCUUUAACUAACUGUAAUUAUGGAUAUAAUUUUUAACAAGGUGAUUGUUAUAAUGAUAGUCUCAUCCCACAUAAAUGUACAAUUUUGUUGGAAAGACUUGCUAGGUGUACUUUUAGCAGCUUUUUUUUAAUGGCUGCAUGAAAAUGCUAAAAAAAAAUCUUUAAUUGCGCAAGA